CCAUUAGUCUUGCUUCAGCUCUGCAAGCUGUCGCACCCGUCGAUCGUCGUGAAAUUAGUUACUGCACUUGCACCAACUCGCCCGAUACAUACAUAUAUACAAAUCAGCCAUGAAGUUUUACCUGUUGGUGAUUGCAGCCCUCUCGUUUUUGGCCUACAUCAGUUGUGAUGGAUGCAUCCAGUGCCACUCGAAGGACAACGAACGCUGCGCCACUGAUCCAUUGAGCCUGCUCAAUCGCAACUGUUCCGACGGAUCCUCCAACUGCUACUCCCGCGUCCUGGAUGGCUACACAAUUCGCGGUUGCGCCAUCGAUCUGGACAACGCCACACGGAAUGCGUGCAACAACGAGCUGCAGUGCCAGCUGUGCACCUACAGCGAGGGAUGCAACCGGAACACCUUCCCGUUGACCCGCCUCAUGUGUCUGCAGUGCAGCGGCAACUCGACCUCGUCGUCCUGCGCCACGGAGACCUAUGUGUCGCCCAAGAUCUGCCCGCUGUACAAGUUCGGCGACAAGUGCUACAUUCGCAAUAGCAACCGCACCGUGGACGGAUCCUUCCAGCGCGGCUGCCUCACCUCGGCGAAUGCCAAGAAGCAGUGCGUCAAGGAUGGCAACUGUUACACGUGCGAGGGACGCGGCUGCAACUUCCUGCGGGCCAAUGACACCACCAUUCCUUUGGCCCGCGACGGCGGCUCCAACUUGAUCAUGUCCAUGACGCUGCUGAUCAGCGGACUCGUCGCCGCCUGGAGGCUCUAGGAUGGAACGACGGCCAGAGUCCAUGGGCGCCAGUUCAUACUGCCACCUACCCAGUUCUUUUAGAAUCCCCGUCUCAUUUUUUAAACACCAUGAUACACUGGGAUGUAGUAGCCUUACAUGUAUUCUAUUUUAUUUCUGUGCCUUAAGAAAUAAAGAUAACUAAACUAAAUGAGACAAAUCAGAAA